AACAAAUUGUUAAUGCAGGCUAAGCAUAGCACAGAGGUCGUGUUUCAAUGAUAAGUAAGGAAUGUUAAGAAAUAUUUAAUUCAAAUGACUCGUUAACGCAAAAACAAUAAAACUGUACACGAUAAUAAACUUACCGCGUCUAAGUACUUAAAUAUAUAUAGGAUUUAAGCGACAAAUAAAUUUAAAUUAGACGCGUUGCAGAUUGCAGAUCGCGCAUAAUGGAACGCGAAACAAUGAAACUGUCAUGAUCAUGCAAUUUAAUCAAGUGAAUGUGUCUACUCUUGUGUCAAUCGUCGUAUUUUUUAUUUUCCUCUGACACUUUGAUCUCAUCGUUGUGUAUGUAUUGCAUGUAUAACACCCAUUCACACACUUAACUAUCAGUAUGUUACGACACUUGUUCCAAUUACACGCUGCAUCCCGUGAAAUUUGACGGGUGAAUUUUUCACAAAAUAUACGCAUGCUGCCCAAAGGAUAUUUUCCGCUGAUAAAUAUUUUAAUUUAUACUAAUUGAUAAGUAGUUGCAUGUACAAUAUAUAACUGUACUAUAUUUUUUAUAUACUAAUUUUUAAAUUUAUUAAAUAAUCAUGUGUUGUUCGUUUGAAAGGUAUUUGACAUUUGAAAUUACCGCCAGAGGUACCGCCCUCUGGAAAAGAUUUAAUUUAAAUGACAAAUACAUUUGUGAGGUUACGAAUUAAGAAAACAUUUAAAAAACAUGUGUGUUGGAUGUUUAUUAUGAAUUUAUAAAUAAUAUUGAGUGAUUUAAAUAAAUAAAAUAUGAUUGCUGAGGAAAAAAGUAUUGGAAAUUAUCGCACUUUGUGGUUAAAGUGUGAAGCAACGAGUUCAGAUAGACAUCAAUUAUUUUUAAAAGAACACAAUGUAAGGAAACAGGAGCCGGAGUUUCCGAAAGGUCGUACAUUAUUUGUACUCAAUGUACCGCCUUAUGCAACUUUGUCCUCAAUAAAAGCAGCUUUUGCACGACACUGCGGAAAUGUUAAAUUUGUUAAACUCAUGCCUGGUAUGGGAUGUACCAAAGGUGGAUUCAAAGUUGCUUAUAUAGUUUUUUCGAAAGAAUCAGAAUUAGAAAAAGCACUUUCGUUACCAAAAGAUUUUAUUUUUGUACUGAGUUCCGCAGAAGCUCCUUGUCUAUUUGGAGUACAGAAGUGGGCCAAAGAAUAUAAUUCAGGUGUGAUAUUAAAUGAAAAAGAAGCUAAAGAAUCUAUUGAGAAGUACAUGGCAGCGUACGAUAAAAGAGUAGAAGCUGAAAAUAAUGACGAGGAAGAAGACGCCGAUGGCUGGGUCACAGUUUCGAGUAAAAAGAAACGUGGACAGUUCGCUCCGAAAAGAAAAGAAUCGACUAUAGAAAAAGUUCAGACCGCAGAAGUACAGAAAAGUAAAAAGAAAAAAUUGGAAAACUUUUACACCUUCCAAAUACGGGAGGCUAAAAAACAACAAUUGGCUGAAUUAAGAAAGAAAUUCGAAUUAGACAAACAAAAAUUGCAACAACUGAAAGCUCAAAGAAUAUUUAAACCCUUUGGAUAGAAAACAACUUUAUAUUUAUUAUUAAUAAAUAUUUUAUAUAAAAAACA